UAGACUAAGGUCUCUCCACUAAGAUAUGAAAGCAUAAGCAGACAUGUUGCUCUCCCUUCAUGUCACAACAUGAAAGUACUGAACAAAAAACAACUACCAUACAAAACUGACCAACUUUGAUCUGUGUUUUUGGUAUUUCUGAAAAAUUAUUGCUGCAGCAUGAGGAAAAUACAAACACCAGUUGGUCGGGUUCACAACCCAUGCUAACUUAAAUGAUAUGGACUCGUAUGUGAUCUCUCCGGGGGAAGCAGAGGGAAUCGUUCAAAGUCUGGAAACCUUCCCCCUCAAGGAAGUCGGCUCUACAAGGUGGUUCAGACAGCAUGAGCUACUUGAGAAGCUUAACAUGCAGGCAGUACUAAAUGCCUCCGCCAUGCAUGAUGAGGUUAUCAAGGAGCUCCUGGUGUUGUAUAGAAAGAUUCCUCUUCUGGUCCAUGAGAUGAUCCUCAUUGAGGUGUGGAAGCACAAAGUGUUUCCGAUCUUAUGUCAACUGCAGGACUUCCAACCCAGGAGCACAUUUCAUCUUUACAUGGUGAUCCACCAUGAAGCAACGAUUAUAAACCUACUUGAGACGAUAAUGUUUCAUAAGGAUUUGUGUGAGGCUGCUGAUGACUCCGUUCUCGACUUGGUGGAUUACUGCCACCGCAAACUCACCUUGUUGGCCAGUAAAGCAGCCAGGGAAGACACUGCAGCUCAUGGCCAACACUUCCAGACAGGGAAACCGCAUUUAUCCUCUGUAGAGGAGUUACAAAUUCACAGCAAUACAGUGGAGUUUGAGAUCUCCCUGAAGGCAGUGUCUGUGCUGCGCUACAUCACAGAUCAUGGUGGCAGUAUCAGUGUUAUCAAUCGUAUGCUGUGCAUCCAUAACAUGCCAUGUGUACUGGUUCAACUGAUCGCCUGCUGCCCAUGGAGCCGCUGCAGAGAGGGCGAUGUACAUAAGUACAUUAACAGCAAAUGGCAGAAGAUUCCCGUUGAGGACCAUUUAAAGAUGACAAAGCUGGAUGGACAGGUCUGGAUUUCCCUUUACAAUCUGCUAUUAAGAGAAGAUUGCCAAAGGAAAUAUGACUUUAACAGUUUCAACAAGAGCCAGCUACUAAAGCUCCGGGGUUUCUUUACGGAGGUGCUGGUUGAUCAGCUGCCAAACCUGGUGGAACUACAUCGUUUCCUGGCUAAUCUCUCAGUUACUGACCCCGCUCCUCCGAAAAAGGGGCUCAUUUUGGAGCAGAUUCCAGAAAUGUGGAACCACAUUGUGAGUGAGAAUUCUGGGAAGUGGAAAGCAAUCGCAAAAUAUCAAGCAAUAGAAACAUUCAACCCAUCUGACAAUGACCUGAGACUAUAUGCACAGAGAAUGAACCAAACGUACAACUGUGAUUCGAUGGAGGUAUUGCUCCCUGAGAAACCCAAGUGUGGGUCCUGUGGAAAAGAGGCUUCAAAGAGAUGCUCUAGAUGUCAGGGAGAAUGGUACUGUGACCGAGAAUGUCAGGUGAAGCACUGGCCUGAACACAGGGAACAGUGUCGGAUCAUGGCGGACGUCAGAGUGAGAGGACCCAGACAGACCUGAACAUCAAUCACUAAGGGAGAGACUUCUUGAAGGGACUGCUACUAGAUGCAAUAUGGGACUCCUGAUACACACAGAAGAGAGAACAGAUCUGCAAGGAGACACAACCACAUUUAAAUUCUUUAAUAUCAUAACCAAUGUUUGUUACAGCUGAAAAGGUUUAGGCCCCAUGACAGAAAUGUUGUAUUCUUUUUGAUUUGUAAUAAAAUACUCUAAUGUGUCAGGGUGUAGUUGCACCA